UUCUCCAGUAAAAGUAGGGCCCAUCAGAUGUAUGGUCAUGAUCAGGUGAGUAUAUAGCUUUAAGUGAAAGGAACACUCUAUCAGAUGGUUGCUGGGACUUCUUUUUCUUUCCUUUUUUUCCUUUGCUUUAGUUGGUGGAAAUGUUAGGAACUUUUAGUUAGAAGCCUCUUCUCCAAAAUGACUGAGCAGCUUUAUUAUACUGAAAAUGGAUGAAUUAUCAUUCCAUUCAAAUGAAGAGAAGAUUGAAAAAAAUUGCAAUUUUUGGAAAUGAAUAAAAUGCACUCAGACAGAUUCGAUGAAUGCAGAAGUCGAAACAACUCUACAAAACGAAGAACGCUAGAAGAGGUGCGAGCGAGUCUUUUCAAUGAGCUGCGCACAUCUGAUGGUGCAAAGCGUCUUCAACAACGGAUAUGUGGCCCAACAGUGGCUCUUUCCUUCAAUUUCUUGGUUUCUGUUGGCAUCAUCAUGAUGAACAAAUUGGUGCUUGGCAAGGUCGGAUUCAAUUACCCCAUCUUUCUCACAUUCAUACACUACAGCUUGAGCUGGUUCCUCAUGGGCCUUUUGGAUGUAUUUUCGCUUCUCCCCCCAUCUCCUCCCCCCAAAACAACCUCCAUCUCUUCUCUGUUAGCUCUUGGCAUGGUCAUGUCUCUCUCUAAUGGCCUUGCCAAUGUCAGCUUGAAGUAUAACAGUGUGGGCUUUUAUCAGAUGGCUAAGAUUGCCGUAACUCCAACGAUUGUUCUUGCGGAAUUCACGUUCUUUAGGAAGAGGGUCUCUUUCACGAAGGCAUUAGCUCUUACUGUAGUAUCGAUUGGUGUUGCCGUUGCGACUGUUACCGAUCUCCAAUUCCACCUUUUCGGUGCCUGUAUAGCACUGGCAUGGAUAAUACCGAGUGCGGUGAAUAAGAUCCUUUGGUCCAAUCUACAACAACAGGAUAAUUGGACCGCCUUACCGUUAAUGUGGAAAACUACGCCAAUCACACUAUUCUUUCUGCUCGUUUUGAUGCCUUGGCUCGACCCACCUGGAGCUCUGUCCUUCAAUUGGAACUUUUCGAAUACAUCAGCUAUUUUCAUGUCGGCUGCCCUUGGCUUCCUACUUCAAUGGUCUGGUGCUUUGGCACUUGGGGCGACCUCUGCGACGACCCACGUCGUUCUCGGGCAGUUCAAAACAUGCGUCAUUCUCCUUGGAGGAUUCCUUCUCUUCAAUUCCAAUCCAGGCAUUUCCAGUAUCUGCGGGGCGGCGACAGCUCUUGCCGGAAUGUCCAUAUACACCUACCUCAAUUUGAAGGAUUCCCGUCCUCAGGCGAAUAAGAUCACAUCCCCCCGUCAAUCGUCUCACUCAUCCAUGAUAUCCAAAUCAAACAAGGAAAAUGGCGAGACCCAGAACGGGAAUUCUAGUGGAGAAUCCGUCUAAAUGUCGAUCUCUGAGCUCUACUACUGUGGAAGAAUACCGGGUUUUAUACAGAAAGCAAAGCAAGAAUUGCAAAAAU